AAAGAAGCUGUGUUCUUUUUUUUCAAAUGGAAAUUACUUACAAUUAGUUGAACUGUAUUGACAGUCAAGAUGUUUUUACGAAGAAAACAUCCUCAAAAUCAUAAGGAGAAUGAUGUUGCUCAACGAGAUGCGAAGGUCAGUGAACUCAGGGUAGCUCUUGGACCUCUAUCCGGUCGUAGUUUAAAGUACUGCACUGAUGCCUGCCUGAAACGAUAUCUGGAAGCUCGCAACUGGAACGUUGACAAGGCACAUAAAAUGUUGGAAGAGACACUCAAGUGGAGAGCAACUUAUAAGCCUGAAGAAAUCUGCUGGCAUGAAGUAUCACAUGAAGGUGAGACAGGUAAGGUGUGGCGAGCAAAUUUUCAUGAUCGGAAUGGCAGGGCUGUUCUUAUAAUGAGGCCAGGAAUGCAGAACACAAAGGAUUCAGAAGGCAAUAUUCGCCAUUUGGUCUAUCUGAUUGAAAAUAGUAUACUUAACCUUGGUGAGGGUCAAGAACAAAUGUCUUGGCUGACAGACUUCACCGGGUUGUCAUUGACCAACAACGUGUCUGUUAGAACAGCUCGUGAUUUCGUUAACAUUUUACAGAAUCACUAUCCUGAGAGGCUUGCCAUUGCAUUUCUAUAUAAUCCCCCUAGAAUUUUCGAGGCUUUUAGCAAGGCAGUCAAGUAUUUCUUAGAUCCCAAAACUUUACAGAAGGUGAAGUUUGUUUAUCCAAAAAACAAAGAGAGUGUAGAGCUGAUGAAGUCUUUCUUUGAUGUUGACAAUCUUCCUAGCGAAUUCGGUGGAAAAGCAACGUUGAAGUAUGACCACGACGACUUCUCACGGAUGAUGGCUCUCGAUGAUGUCAAAACUGCAAAUUUCUGGGGAUCCGAUGAGAAAACGCUCAUUGCCAAUUGAAAUUCGUGGUAUCAGCUCGCCCCGGAGCCAACAUCACUUGCACCUUUAUAGUUACAUACGAAGUAAAAAUAAAUAAGGAUAGUAAAAUCUAACGGAGCAUGCUUAAAUCAUUCUACAAACGUACUAAAUAUGUGAAACCACAACAAUCAUUAUAUACUGAAUUGAGCAAAAGGACACUCUAAUAUCUCAAUGAUACUCUAUCUUGAGUUUAAUUGUAGUUUCAAUGUAAUUUUAGUAUGGUUUCAUUUCAUUUU